GUUGUGAUUUAUUUUUGUAUAAAAAUAAAAAAAAUAAUAAAUUUGUGUUAAAUAAAAGCCAAUUAUUAUGGCGAGUACAUCAGUAGCGGUUAAAAGGCCACUUUCCGUAACAGAAACCGUGGAAUGUGUCCAACCACCACAUAAGAAAAUUCGUAUACAAACGACUAGCAAAAAUGUAUCUGCCACUAAUAAACUGCAGCAAGCUAUAAACCUGUUGGGCACAAUUUCACCACAAAACAGUAAAGAACUAUUGGAAUUAUUAGUUAAAAUUGCCGAUGAAUUAGUACUAGACGAUUGUCAAAUUUCUGAAUUACAUGAGGCCAUCCACAAGUUGAUAGAAAUUUUUCGUCAAGAACGCGAUGGUGAUACCACGGUAAGGGUGAUGAUACUGGGAUUACUUGCCGAUUUUGCAGAAGUUCGUGUAGCUGAGGUGGUUAAUGCUCUGAUUGAUGAAAUCAUAGGAGUAUUAAAAUACGAAAAAUCUCAAAAAGUUAUUGCUCAAGGUCUUUGUAGUCUACACAAAAUAGGAGCUAAGAAUAUAAAACAUUUGCCCUCAAUGCACAUUACGAAAAUGGCCCAUUUCGCACAACAACAGUUGUGCUCGGAAUCACAUCAAACACAAAAGAACGCAUUGAUGGUAUUGUCAGCAUUUGUAGCUUUAACAGAUGCUAAAAAGGGCGUCAUAGAUACCAUCGGACAUUAUGCCGACUCUCAAGAUUCUGGGGUAAGGGCACAAAGUUUAAGAUCUAUUCUGUGUUUGGGAGAUAGGGGAGCAAUUUUAUCUCCGUCUCUGUAUAAACGUGCUGUGGCAGCCAUGCAAGAUGAUUAUGAAUGUGUUCGCCAACAAGCUCUAAGAUUGGUCUUUCAAUUGGGCAUUACGCAUCCAGAUCAUAUGAUAUCGUGUGGCACUGAGGACGAGGAGGAAAUGCGUCUGGUGGAUGCGGCUUUUAGUAAAGUGUGCGCUGCAUUAUGCGAUUUAUGUAUUCAAAUACGGGUUCAAGCUGCCGAACAUUUGGGUGACAUGACAAUGGUUAGUUCUGAAUAUCUUCACCAAACAUUGGAUAAAAAACUUAUGAGCAAUUUGAGACGUAAGAAAACCGCUCAUGAAAGGGGUGCUCAGCUGGUAGCUUCGGGUGAAUGGUCUUCUGGAAAACGUUGGGCGGAUGAUGCCCCUCAAGAAAAAUUGGAUACGGAUACAAUUUCUCUCAUAGCAAGUGGUGCAUGCGGAGCUUUAGUCCAUGGCUUGGAGGAUGAGUUUCUGGAAGUACGCAUUGCCACUGUGGAUUCCAUGUGCAAAUUAGCGCUUAAACACCCGGAUUUUGCAGUGACCUGUUUAGAUUUUCUGGUCGAUAUGUUUAACGAUGAAAUUGAGGAAGUUCGCCUAAAGGCCAUUUAUAGUUUGACAGCCAUAGCUAGACAUAUUGUUUUACGUGAAGAUCAGUUGGAAAUUAUGUUGUCGUCUUUAGAAGAUUUUUCGGUGGAAGUACGAGAAGGUCUACAUUUGAUGUUGGGAGCUUGUCGUGUUUCUACACAGGCCUGUCUGCUGAUGGUGGUGCAAAAAUUGUUAGAUGUACUCUCAAAAUAUCCACAGGAUAAACUGUCAGCAUUUGGUUGUAUGCGUAAAGUGGGUCAAAAGCAUCCAAAUCUUUGCUUAGCUGUUACUUCGCAUCUUUUGCAGGAUCAUCCCUUUUUUGAUAGUGCUGAACGUGAUGUGGAAGACCCAGCCUAUUUGUGUAUUUUAAUUUUGCUGUUUAAUGCGGCCGCAAAUUUGGUGCCCAUUAUAAGUCUAUUUCCAGAUGUUACCCUAAAACAUUACGCCUACUUGCGCGAUGCUAUGCCAACGUUAGUGCCUCAGCUGCCAAUAGAAGGAGCAUCGACCAAAAAGCCUAUGGAUGAUUUAAACGGCUUGAACAAUUCACGAGAAUAUUUGGAAACAAUAUUAGCACAUAUUAAUGAUAUAUUUUCCAUAGCCAGGGAUCGAGUACCGCUAUUAAAGACGGCUCAAGACAAUUUAAAGCGAUUGGGUGAGAUUGAUCCCGAAAUGUGGGGUACCGCUAAUUUUUUGGAAACAUUUUUAGCUGCUCAAAUACAAAUUGAACAAUUGCAAAGUUGUACCACUUCACAGCAUAGUCGUGCUCCCUUAAAGGAAUCACUGGCUCAAUUGGUGCGCAAUUGCUUAAAACUUCAGCAUAUAUUUUCGGGUCUUACCUAUAGUGAUAUGUUGUUGGUUAAACAAGUCUGUUUAAGGGCCAGUGCACUGCACUUGGUUUUAGUAGUACGUGAUCGGUCUCAAAGUGCCUUGGGACCUUGCCAAAUGCUACUACAAACUGCAUCAGACAUCAGUAAUUUCUUAGACGAAAAACAAGACUCUCAACCCGAUUCGUUAACGACAUUACUACUAAAUCAGUUAUCAAGUAUAGUCGAUCCAAAGCCAGGAAAGGUAUUUCGAGAAAUUUUACCUUUAGUGCAGAAACCUUCAGCGGUAAGCAUGCCUCCGGCAAAUGUAAGUAUUAAAAUGUGUAUGGCCAAUAUAUUGGAACCAUGUCCGCAAAUGUCACAAGAUAAUGUUAUUAAAGUAACAGCGGGACUUAUAGCUGCUCUACCCUUUGUGGCCGAAAUAGAUAAUCUGCAAGAGUCUCAAAAGCAAGAUAUGCGCAUUAAAAUAAAGUAUCCCGACCAACAUUUGCACACAGUUGUGCCAAAGUUGUCGGACUUUAAAAAAAUUAUGACCGAGCAGGGAGCACACGAAACGAAUGUACGUUUAAGAACCACCAUACUGCUGUCACAUUCUGUAUGGACCGAAGCCUCUUCUGUGGAAAUAACGCUAUGUUUGGCAGUGAGACCUGGCACUGAAUUGGAGCUGUGUAAGCCAGCAAAAAUAUUAUUUGCCCCGAAACCCGUAAGAAGAGGAAUUUAAAUAACAAAAAUACACAUUUUUUCAACUAGUAUAAGCCUUUAAUUUGUAAUAAAUACUACAACUAAUACAAUUUUCAUCUAAAUAUGUAAAUAAAAUGUUAAUAAAACUAAAA